UCAAUUGUUUCGCCAAAUACUAGUGCAUCGGUAGGAUUCAUGGAUGUGUUUUCGAAAUUCAAGAGGUUAGGAGAAUGUCAGUAAACGAACAUUCGUACGAGAUUGCUGAGGAAAAAGACCAAGCAGCAGAGGUUAUUCGUUUAGUGACCUUUAAACCGAAUUGCAACAGCGGCUGGUCAAUAUCGUUAGCACCAGCAAAAGUUUCUAAAUCAGGUCAUGUGUGGUGUGGAACGCGAUAAGUAAGGCAGAACCUCAGGUUCGCCUGAGAGCUGUCAUACAUGUGCAAUGGACCCAUUUGUCACACGCAUCGGCGAUGUUACGAUUGAAAGGGUGGUACCACGAGGAUGUGCAAAGGAUGGGCACAUCCCGGUACCAUCCGUCAGCCUCGCGAAGAGGGAAGCCAAUGGCAGUGAGGAGGCUUUGGCAGAGGGCAUCAAUGUCAGCGAAGACCUCCAAAUCUUUUUAAAGCCCCCACCUGAAGGAAUGCUACGAGAUCAACAACUCCUGCAGCGUCAACCUCAGUUCCAUAUGCCUCAGCAACAUAUCCAGCAACAAAACCGCUUCCAUCAGCAGCACACUCAGCAUUCACAACUGAAUCAGCACCUGCAAACCCACAGUUUUCAGCAGUUAAACCAAAAUCAGCAAACUCUAAUGCAACAACAGUUAUCACAGGGGCAGAAUCAAAUGACACAGAGUGAGCAACAUGUGAACCAACAACAAAUCAGCCAUAAUCAACACAGUCACAUGAUGCCGAACCCAGUGAACCAACAGCAUCAGUCGAGUAUGGGUCAUUUGCAAGAUAGCAUCAAGCAAAACCAAAGCCAUAACCAAUCUCUGAAUGCACAGCUUACACAGAAUCAUCAGUUGGCCCAGCAUGAACAAAAUCACAUGCAGAUGAAUCUGCCACAACAAGUGUCUAAUCAGAUGCAACAAAUGCAAAGCCACCAGCCCCUUAGUCAGCAUCAGGUUAGCUCUAGUCAGCAGCUUAGCAGCCAGCAAGAGCAGACUCAUCUGGGACAUAUGGGUUGUCAGGAUCAGGCAAACCAAAAUCAAGCCCCAUAUGGGCAGAACCAGAUGAGCAAACAAAUCAACCAGCUGACUGUAAAUUCAUCCCAGAUGAACCACAUGCAGCUGAAUCACAGUCAGUUAACUAAUAUACCAAGUGGUAAUCCAAAUAUGAAUCAUGGACAUUUGAACAGUGCACUACCAUCCCACAUGCAAAUGAUUCAGCAGCAAAGUCAUCAAAAUCAGUCAAGUCGUGUACACCACUCGCAAGGAAUUACUGACAAAACAAUGGAAGGAGAUGAUAGUGAAAGUGAACAAGAAAGUAGUGAUGUGGAAGAACUGUCAGAAAUGGGAAAUAAGGGUACUGUAGGGAAAGUUAGGCCUCUUACGACAGUUGAAGGGGCAAGUGAUGUGGAAGAGGUGGCAGGCGCAAGGGAUAGUUCUUCACAUCAAGAAAGGAAGGUACCAGAUACUACAGUAACUAGUGUCAAAGACAGUAGUGUAAAGCGUAAGGCACCAGAUUCAUCAUCCACUGGUCACAGCAAAAAGAAAUAUAAAGGCUCAGGUGUGGAUAGCAGUAACAAGGACAUCAGUAAAUCGAGAAGCAGAUCAUCAUCUUCUUCAUCAUCUUCAUCUGCCUCCUCAUCAGAAAGUGAAGAUACGCAGAGUGAGCAGAGUAAAACAGCAGUUGAAAGAAAAUUUUCAAAUAUGAGACGAAAUAUCCGUGAAGUGAUGAGUGAAAGUCAACUUGAUGAAGAGACUUUAGCAGCUCAACGCCAGGAAAUGGAGAGGUUACGGAGAGUACAAGAACAGCAGCGUAUUAUUAGAGAGGUUCAGCGCCAAAUUGUGCUUAAUCGCCAAAACAAUAAGACUCAGACAAGAGUUAUUUCACUACUUCAAGGCAACACAUCACUGUUGAGACAAACAUCGUCCAGUUCAAGUACAAGUACGACAACCAGCAGCAGCAGUGGUAGCACACAAUUGCGGCUUCCUAGUACUGUCCUGGUCAAGCUUGCUUCCCAACAGUCUGGAUCGGGCUCCAUUCUCUCCACCUCCAGUUCUGGAUCUGCCAGUAGCUCACAAACUGCUACUGCAACGAAGAAGGUUUAUGAAUUGCUGCGAGUGCACAAAGAAGCAACGGCAGCAGGAUCUCGUGCAAUGUCUCGCAGCAGCUCACGUGCACCCGUACAUAUGAUGACACCCUCAGUGUCUAUUGCACCUGUCGUGUCGGGCCGGCAGCAGUCAGGAACUGACACAGAGGCUGAUGACGAUUCAGAUCGUGAGGAGACAGCUAUACGCAAGGUCUCUGGUAAACCGAAAGGUAAAGAUGUUGUUACAAUCAGCAGCAGCAGUGAUGAUGAUGAUUGCAUAUUACUAUCGGAACCUUCCAGUGGAGAUGAAGCAGAUCCUGUGGAUGAUCCUACUAACUCAGGAAUGCAUACAAAUGACCUUUACAAUGUUCCUGAUGAACAAGGCCGUGUUCUUGUGAAUGUGGGGCAUCCUUCUACUGAGCCAGAUAUUUUCCUGGCACCGCAGAUUGCCAGAGUCAUCAAACCACAUCAGAUUGGUGGUGUGAGAUUCUUGUAUGACAAUGUUGUUGAAUCUCUUGAUCGCUUUAAUACAUCAACUGGAUUUGGUUGUAUAUUGGCACAUUCAAUGGGUCUUGGAAAGACAUUACAGGUGGUUUCAUUCUGUGACGUAUUCCUACGACACACUGAUGCGCGAACAGUACUGUGCAUCAUGCCAAUUAAUACUCUGCAAAACUGGUUGGCCGAGUUCAACAUGUGGCUGCCAGAAAAGGAUCCAGAAAAUUCCCCGUUGGCUGUUCAUGGAGAAGUUAGAACCAGAAACUUCCCAUUACAUGUGCUGAAUGACUCUCAUAAAUCAAUGGUAGCUCGCAGCAAGGUUAUACAAGAAUGGUCAAAGAAUGGUGGUGUUUUACUCAUUGGCUAUGAAUUAUAUCGACAGUUAAGUCUGAAACGUGCACAUAAGACAAAAAAGCGCCGAAAAAAGUCUGCAGAUAUUGUUGAUGUUGAUGAAGAUGACAAGACUAAAGUGUUACUGGAUGAAAUGCAGGCCGCAUUGGUGAAGCCUGGACCAGACCUAGUCAUCUGUGAUGAAGGACAUCGUAUCAAAAACAGCCAUGCGUCUAUAUCUCAAGCCCUGAAACAAAUUCGUAGCAAACGGCGAGUAGUGUUAACUGGGUAUCCACUCCAGAACAAUUUACUGGAAUACUGGUGCAUGGUUGACUUUGUGCGCCCAAAUUAUCUAGGGUCCAGAACUGAGUUUUGCAAUAUGUUUGAAAGACCCAUUCAAAAUGGCCAGUGUAUCGAUUCAACACCACAAGAUAUCCGAUUGAUGCGAUACCGAGCUCACGUCUUACAUUCCUUACUGGAGGGGUUUGUACAGAGGCGCAGUCAUUCUGUAUUACAAGUGUCUCUGCCGCAAAAAGAAGAGUAUGUGCUGCUUCUCAGAAUGACUCCAUUUCAGCGUAAGCUGUAUGACACUUUUAUGAAUGAGGUUGUGAGAAAGAAAGCUGUACCUAACCCAUUGAAGGCUUUUGCUGUGUGUUGUAAGAUAUGGAACCAUCCAGAUGUUUUGUACUAUUUUCUGAAAAAACGUGCUGGUGGUGAAGAUGUGGAUUUAGACUUAGAUGAAGCAACAGCUGCAGCGGCUAAUGUAGCACCUGGAACUCCCAGUAGCAACUCUGGAACUGCAACACAGCCGAGUUCUCCACGAGGACCACCAGCUAAGAGGGGACGGGUACGUGGAAAUACCAAUCCUAACAGCCGUGCAAAUAAACGUGAUAAGAAGACCAGUGCAGCACAGCAAAAUGUUGGUGGAUCACCAAAUAAACCAGCUGCAUCUGUCACACCAAGUAGUACAGAAAUCAGUAGUACAGACCCAUCAAACUUGGGCUUGUCAUCUGGAAUUUCAGUCAGUGGUGCAGCACCAUCUGACCACAAAUCUCAGAUGCAAGAUCAACAACAACACCAACACCACCACCAUCAACAACAACAGCAGCAGCAGCAGCAGCAGCAGCAACAACAACAACAGCAACAACACCAACAACAGUUGCAGCAGCAACAACAGCAACAGCAGCAGCAACAGCAACAACAUCAUCAACAACACCAACACCAACAGCAGCAGCAGCUUCAUAAUCAGAACUUUGCCAUGAUGGGGCAUGCGAACCAGAACCAGUCCUUUGUAAAUGACCAUAGUGGCUCCUAUCACGAUAUGCAGUACCAUAAUUCUAGUCAUAAUGUUACGCAUUCUUAUGGUUCACAGGGAAACUAUGGUGUUACAGAAUUUGGGCCCAAUGCAACUAAUGCAUCAUUUGGAAACUUUGUCAAGACUGCCUACAAUAACUGCCCUGAUCAAGGAAAUACUGCUGUGUCUUAUGCAAAUAACCCAGGUGUAUCAUAUUACCAGACGAAUAGUUCUAGUCAGACUUCAACAUUCAGCUCACCAUACUACUCGCAUGCACCAGGCCAACAGAACACUAGUGGUAAUUCAUACCACUGUAGUUCUAACACAGCAGGGUCAACGUAUUGGCAAAAUACUCAGCCAAAUUACUUCCAACAGAAUAAUCAGAGUCAGUAUUAUGGUACAGGGAACACAGAUAAUAAUAUUUAUGGAACAUCUAAUAAUUCUCAAUACUUUUUAGGCUCCAGUUAUACUGAUACAGUGAAUGGGGACCGUUAUAUGACCCAAGGAAACUCAGAUCGUGACAGAAAUAUGUAUUUUAUGGGAGAAAGUGACCAGAUGGUAAUGCAGGUUCCAACUCAAACAUCACAAAACCAAAUGAGAGAUUUGCGGAAUGGCAUGGGUAGUUCAUUAGACAUGAAUGUUCAGAAUCAAGUAAUGAACUCAGUGACUUCUGUUAAUAAUAAUUCUAACCAGAUUGCAAAUAUUGGUGGCCCACAGCCCCUUAUGAGGAAUCAGAGCAGUCAGCUUUCUAGUCAGACACAAGGUGAUGGAUCGCAAAAUUUUAUGCAGAAUCAGCAAAAUCAAAUGACUACCCAGCCCCAAUUAAAUGUUUCCCAUAAUGGACAGAAUCAAAUGAAUUCACUUGGUUUAACAGGGAGUAUAAAUAGUACAAUUGGAACAAUGCAGAUGCAAAUGAGAAACCAAUUGAAUCAGAUGACAAAUCAAAGCCAGAUCACCAAUAUGCAAAUGCAGAUGCAGAUGCAAAUUCAGAUGGUUAAUUUACAAAAUCAAGGUACGAACCAAAACCAAAUGAAUAACUUUCAAAAUCAAACAGGAUGUCAACAAAAUCAGACAAGUCAACAGAAUCAAAUGGGAAUGCACCAGAUGCUAAAUCAACAGCAGCAGGUAAUACCACAAACAGAGAAUCAUCAAAAUAUGUCAAAUAUUCAUCCAAAUAUGGUUGGUGGUCAACAGCAUCAGAUUAUCCCACAACAGCAAAUUGUAUCACAACAGAUUGGAGGUCAGCAGAACCAAAGUGGACAACAAACACAAGUUGGACAGAUUAGUCAAUCUGGGCAGCAAACACAUGUGAGUCACCAACAGACCCAGCCGAUGAACCAGCAAACCCAAGAAAAUAUGCAGUCACAAUUAUCACCAUCUGUGUCUCAGUUGGAAACACACCACCUCCAGUCUGGUUCUCAACAGAACCUCACUAAUCAUGAAUCGAAUCGCCAGGUGCCCUUAGCUACACAUCAGGUAGGAAAUCCUCAGUCUCAAACUGCAACCCAUAUGAGUUCACAAGUUUCAGAGAUAUCAAAUCAUUUGGGAUCUCAGCAGACCCAGAUGUCAAAUCAGACGGGAUCUCAGCAGCCUCAGAUGCCAAGUCAAAUUGGAUCACAGCAUUCACAGAUGCAGCCAAAUGUUGGACUACAGCAGAAUCAAGGAAUGUCUCAAAUUGGGAGUCUACAGCCUCAGGUGUCACCUCAGCUAGGAUCACAGCAAGUGCAACCAUCACCACAGAUUGUAGUCCAACAGUCCCAGAUGAUGUCUCAGUUGGAGAGUCAUCAAUCACAGAUUUCAUCUCAGAGACAACCCCAUCAUUCCCAGUCACAUUCACAAGUUGGAUCACAGCAUUCCCAGGUGCUUCAGAAAAUGGGACCACAACAUUUGCAAGUGCCAAUGCAAAUGGGACAUCAGCAUUGUCAGAUAUCAUCCUCACAGAUGGGGCAUCAGAUUUUACAGAUGGGAACUCAGCACUCUCAGAUGCCACAUGAAGCAAGUUCCCAUAAUGUACAGAUGUCAUCUCAGAUUGGAUCUCAGCAGACUCAUAUGCAGUCUCAAAUGGCAUCUCAGCAAUCACAGGUGCCUCCCCAUUUAGGUACUUCAAAAACCCUCAUAUUAACACAGUCGGUGUCUCAGCAGUCAUCACAUUCUGAAAUGGGUUCAAGGCAAACCCAAAUGACAUCUGAGAUCGAAGAACUGAAUUCUCGAAUAGUUUCAGAAAUAGGAUCUACUCAGACUCAGAAUAAUCCAGAGAUGGGGCAACAGCAGUCACAAACAACUUCUGAAACUGAAUCUCACCAAACUCAAGGCCCAUCUCAGUUUGGACAACAUGAGCUACAGAUGCCGACACAGAUGGGUUCGAAGCAGUCCCAUAUGCCAUCCCUAGACCCCCAGCAGCACCAGGUACAGUCUCAGGCUGGAUCACAGCAGUCUAAUUUGUCUCCACAGUCGGAUCUGAAGCAGUCUCAUGUGGCUUCAGGAGUGGGAUCUCAACAGUCACAAAUGGUAUCUGAGCAUUCUCAGGUUUCUUCUCAGAUGGGAUCUCAUUACUCACAAGUAUCUCAUAUGACAUCUCAGCAAACACAGCUAUCUUUACAUGCAGGGUCUCAGCAACAGCAUGCCCCCACUCAGGCAGAAAAUGAGCAGUCACAGAUGCAUACACAUACUGUUCACAAUUCUCUGGUUCACUCUCAAAUUGGAAAUCAACAGACGCUGGCACCUCAACAAUCUCAGAAAUCAUCUCAUAUUGGAAAUCAGCAAAUGGAACGACAGAAUCAGGUUUCAUGUCAUAUGGGAGCUCAGUUUACCCAGAUACUUCCUCAUCCAAGUGAUCAGCAGUCCCAGCUGCUACCUCAGCCAGAUUCACAGUCACAAAUGUUACCUCAAAUGGUAUCUCAACAUACACAAGUGCAAUCUCAAACAGUGCAACAGAAUUUACAGGGUCAUCAAAUGGGACACCAGAGCACUCAAAUUUCACAUCAGAUGGGACCCCAGAAUACACAGGUGCCACAUCAAGUUGGUCCACAAAACUCCCAGAUCCCACAUCAAAUGGGAUCUCAAAGUAAUCAACUGCAACAGCAGAUGGGAUCACAGAAUUCUGAAGUAUCACAUCAGAUUGGCUCUCAGAGCUCACAGAUGUUACAUCAGAACCCACAGAUGUCACAUCAGCUUGGAUCUCAGAACUGCCAAGUUCCACACCACAUAGGACAUCAGACCUGUCAGAUGUCUCAUAAUAUGACAACACAAAACUCCCAAAUGCAGCAUCAGAUGGCAUCUCAGAACACACAAAUCUCGCAUCAGACGAGAGGUCAGAACCCCCAGACAUCAAACCUGUCAGGUGCUCAGAACACCCAACUAAUACAUCACAUGGGAUCGCAGAACAUGCAAGGGUCACAUCAGAUGAUGCCUCAAAAUACUCAGUCAAAUCUUCAGAUGGGACAUCAGAAUUCUCAAAUGCCACCACAGAUGGUAUCUCAGAAUUCCCACAUGCAUCAUCAUAUAGGAUCUGUUAAUUCCCAGUUGCCUCCUCAGCUGGGGUCUCAUAAUUCACACGCAGCUCCCCAGAUGCAACCUCAGGAUGGACAACCUCCACAUCAGAUGAUGCUUCAGGAUUCCCAAAUGCCACAUCCAAUGGGGCACCAGGACUCCCAGGUGUCACAUCAGAUGAGAGCUCAAGACACUCAGUUGCCACAUCAGAUGAGACCGCAGAAUACUCAAACAGCACACCAGGUCCUUCAGGAGUCACAGAUGACACAUCAGUUGCAGCCUCAGAACUCGCAGGUGCCAAAUCAUAUGGGACUUCAGGAACCGUGUGUGGCACAUCAUGUGGGAUCUCAGAAUUCUCAGCUGCAGCUUCAAAUGGGACUACAGAGCUCUCAGUCACCACAUCUCAGUGGAUCUCAGAAUGCAGAGACACCUUGUCAGACUAUGCCCCAGCACACUCAGCAGUCCCAACCUCUAGGUCCUCAGAAUUCUGUGUCAUCACAUUCAGGAGGACCACAGAACACUCAACAGCUGCAGCAUGUGGGAUCUCAAAACUCCCAGGUGCCUCAUCAGGGAGCCUGUCAGGAUUCACAGAUUUCACACAGUAUGAGUCCUGAGGACCCACAGCUGCCAUCCGAUAUUGAUUCUGAGGAUUCUCAGCUGCCAGCUCUAAUGGGACAUCAGAAUUCGAAGAUGACAUCUAAUACAGGGUCUCAUCACUCACAGAUGAUUUCAAAUAUUGAAUCUCAGUCUUCGAAGGUACCAGGAACACAGCACGGUUCUGUGGCUACACAAGUUGGGUGUCAGAAUCCUCAAACAUUAUCUCAGAGGGCAGUGCAAGAUGGGGACACCGGACCGAAGAUGACCUCACAGUUGUCUCAGGCUGCUAUUCAGAUGUCCUCUCAGCAUUCUCACAUGCAACUUUUGAUGAAUUCUCAGCAAUCACAAAUCACACCAUUAAUGAACUGUCAACAGUCACUACAUAUUACAACCCCAGAACCUCAAAUAAGCUCUCAGGUAUCAUCACAGCAAGUACAGUUGCAACAGGUGGGAUCACAGCCAUCACAAAUGUCAUCUCACCUGAGAACACAGCAGUGCCAACUAACAGAAAUUGUUCAACAACAUUCUCAAAUAGAAUUUGAGCCAGCUCAGUUGACAUCACAGGUGGGAUCUGAUCAGUCAUGUAUUACAUCAGAGGUCAGAUCUCAACAGGAUCAGUCACUGGCCCCUAUGACAUGUCAGCAACCUGCAAAUAGUAACCAGAGAGAACUGCAGACGGAAGUCCAGGAAGGCUCCCAACAUCAUCAACAGCUUGAAACUCAGGAAGCUCCAGUGACACAGCAGACUGGAACACUGCAGAAUCGGACAACGCUCGAUAUGACGAAAUGCCAGUCUCCCAGUGCAUCUCAAAUGGGAUCGCAGAUAUCUCAAGCAGACUCUCAGCUGCCUCCAGUGGAAUCAAAUAUGCAUGGAAGACUAGGACAAAUUGCUUCUCACCAAUCUAAUGGAGCAACUCAGACUGGAACCCACUCUUCCCAAAUAUCACAACAAAUAACAGAAUCAGAGUCACAGAUGUUAAAACUUGCAUCACAUUCUAGCAUGAAAACUCAAUUAGAUAACCACCAGCAUAGAAUAAUAUCUGAGGCACAACAGCACAAUCCAGUGGAAAGCCAGCAGUGCCAAAGGCAGGAACAGACAUCACCACUUAUGGGGGCAUUUGUAGAUGCUCAGCAGCCUGAAAUGACACCUCAAGCUGAGGGUCAGCAGUCCCAGGCAAGUAGUCAAAUUCUGCAGCCUCUAACAAGAAUGGCAGAUAAUGAACACUGUACAGAAUUACCAACAGGCCAACAUUCCCAAGGAACUCAAGUAGAUACACAAAACUGUGUUAGAAACCAAAGCAACCAGACUUCGCAGUUAUGUGAAAAACCACUAGCAGAUACUCACGUUAGUCAGAUGUCACAAAUUGAAACACACAUUUUCCAACAAACCCAGUUGGAGAGCCAAGUGAACCAGCAUCAGUACACGUGUCAGCAGUCUAACACAAACCAGCAGCAGCCUCACGUUGAGAUGCAAAUGGGGCAUCAUUCACAUAUGGGAAAUUACAUGAACCAGCAGACGUCACUGGAAAAUCUGUCUAAUUCUGAUAACCAUAUGAAUUGUCAACCAAAUCUGAAUCAGCAUUCACAGGUGGGAACACAGACAGGUCUCCAAUCACAAACUGAGUCACAAGAAGCCAUAUCUGUGGACCAGAAUACACAUUCAGUGAACCAGAAGUCUCAAGUGUGUGACAAUCAGUCCCCCACACACACCCAGCAGCAUCAAGAAGGGACUCAGACCCAGCAGCAAACUGAUCACUGUGAGCCGCUUGCCGGACUGCACAUACCUCUGCAGGUGAACAGUCAGCAGCAGCAGCAGCAGCAGCAGCAGCCUGUGCCACCACCACCUGGCCACCUGAGUGAGGAACAAAAUCAGAGGGUUAUUCAGCAGUCAACAGUGGGCAGUCAGGUUAAUCAGUCUCAACAACAUACUGGCUCCAGCACAGAAAACAUUGUACCACCUGGGCAGCAAAGUCAAGCUGUAGGCCAAUCUAAUCUGGUAACUGGUAACCAGGAAAAAUCCAUGCAGAACCAGCAAGAUGAAAAUGCACAUCACGACAAUUGUGCGACAUCUCAAUUGCACUUAAGUGGGUCAGACUGUGAGUUGAUUAAUUUGGAAACUCAGAUACUUCAAAGUAAUCAGUUUUCAGUUCAAAAUCACAGUAAAGUAACAGAUGUAGAGAAUUUGCAGAAUGUCAUCAUAAGUGACCAUCAGAUAAGCAAUGAAAAUGGAAUUGUCACAAGCCAGGUGGGUCAGAUACAAGGUUUUAAUGAUAAAAUUACAAGUGUGCAAAACUCACAGGAAACCUCUGACAAAUUAUCCAGCAAGACUCAAGAUUGCCAGUCACAGAUAGAAUCUAUAAAAAAUCAUUCUGGAACUGAAAGUCAAGGAAAUGUUGAAAACUGUACAACUCAUUUAGAUAAUAUCGUAACAAAAAAUGCUGGUAACAGCAUUACUAAUGCACAGGAAGUUGUGGGAGACCUCACACACAGUGUAAAUAAUGAGGCAUCAGAUGAAAGGAAAGAUAUGUCAACAAAUUUAAAUAGUAAACUUUUGCCCCCAUAUUCUGAAUGUCCAGAUCAAAGUAAUGAUUUGAAUGAUAUACAGUCACUGUAUUGUGAUCAUUCGUCUGUUGCUGGGAUAGAACAAAAUCGUCACAUAGAAGAUACCAACGCAUUGAACUCCAGUGUGCAUUCUGAAGUUAGCUGUCAUAACAGUAGUAGUAGCAGCAGUAGCAGCAGCAGCAGUAGCAGCAGUGGUACCUUAAGCAGUACAAGUCUUGACACCAAUAGCAGUAAUGGUAGUAAACUGAUACAAACUAGCACUAAUGCUGCAAAUUUUAUCGAUUUGAAGAUUUGUGAAAAUAACAGCCCUGUGUUCAAUUCGACAUCAGCAGAGCAAUCAUUUUGUGAAGAGACACUAAAACAAGAAACUAAGGAUCUGAUGUUUCCAGACUUCCACUCUACAUCUGGUAGUAUUUUCAAUCAGUUUGCAACUACACUUUCACCUACACUUUCACCUUGUGCUCAGACAUGUGAUAAAUCUUUGAAUCAGUGGGGACAGCAGAGAAAUGAUGUUUGUGAUGGAGAAAGACUGGUUGGUGGUGACGUUGAGAAGCAGUCUUCCAGUCCUGAUAAGACACCCACGACAGAGAAUUCUUCCACUAUUCAAUCAUCGGAUAAAGUUGUUGACAGUAGUGGACCAAUUAAUAUCCAAAGCGAAAAUAAUUGUUCACCAGUUACCAAAUGUGAAUUGAAAACUGAAUCUGAAGAAUGUUUCAGAAAUAAGAGCCCAUAUUCUGAGAUAAAGUAUAGUGAUAUGUGUUCUAAAGACAGUCUACUAAAGCAUGAAACAAUAGGGACAGAAUACUCAAAGCUCAAAAUGGAAGGUAAUAUAAAUGAAAUGAAGCAAGCAUCUGAUGAUAUUGCAACUAAACUGAAGAUUGAAAAUGAUGAUUCUCAUACUACAGUUGAUAGUUCCUCCCACAACAAAUUGCCCAUAGCAAAUACUGGUGUUUUGGAGAAAGGAAAGGAAAGUGAUAAAGGGAAUGAAAAACAAUCCAGUAACUUUGAUACUUCUUCCAAGAAGGACUGUGGUGGCGAAGGUGAGAAUAAGGAGAAGCAGAGUGAACCAACUGAAAAGUCAACGGAACCAGAAAAUGGUGAAAUUGGACCAGUCCAAGGCACAUACAUGCCAGAUGCAGCAAAAAUGACCGAGUCUGCCUUAGGAAGAAGUUUUAAAGAUGAUCCUGGCAUUCCUUAUGACUGGGCUACAGAGCUUCUGAAGAACUAUGUUCCAGGAUCUAUAGAAAGCUCAGCAAAAAUGGCAGUAUUCUUUUGCAUUCUUGAAGAAUCAAUGGCACUUGGUGAUCGUAUUUUAGUGUUCAGUCAGUCAUUAUUUACUUUAAACCUAAUUGAAGACUUCCUUCAACGAACAAAUCUUCCUGGACGGCAGGAAACUUGGGCAAGGAACUGGAACUACUACAGACUGGAUGGUAGCACAACAGCUUUGGAAAGAGAAAAACUAAUAAAUGAAUAUAAUUCGAAUCCAAACAUACACUUAUUUCUGGUUUCCACAAGAGCUGGUUCCUUAGGUAUCAACCUUGUUGGAGCCAAUAGGGUUGUAGUGUUUGAUGCCUCGUGGAAUCCAUGUCACGAUACACAGGCUGUUUGUCGUGUGUACAGAUAUGGGCAAAAGAAGCCAUGUUUUGUUUAUCGUCUUGUUAUGGAUAACUGUCUUGAGAAAAAAAUAUACGAUCGCCAGAUAAACAAACAAGGUAUGGCAGAUCGUGUAGUUGAUGAAUGUAAUCCUGAUGCCCAUUUAUCAAUUAAAGAAGUGACUAACUUGUGCUGGGACAAUGAACAAGAUGGAGAUGUAAAAGAUUUUAGUAAAGAGAAGGACAAAUAUAUUGAUGUAGUGAUGCAAAAAAUUUUGGACAAACAUAGCAACGUACUGUCGAAGGAGCCUUUCCAGCAUGAAUCACUGUUGGUUGAUCGAAAGGAGAAGAAACUUUCCCAGGCUGAAAAGCGAUUGGCAAAGCGAAGCUAUGAAUUAGAAAAACAGGCCAACAUAAAUUAUAGCAGACCUCAGUACUCAUAUUACCAGGGAUCUGGUGGUAGCAGCUCAACAAAUUUACAAACAGGUCUCCAAAUAAGAGCAAUCCGGACUGAGGCCACAGGGGGUACUGUGCCAAAACCUGUGGCCAGUGUUCGACCAAUGCAGGCUGAAUUGAGUGGACAGCUGGAGCGUAGCCAGACGCGUUCCACGAUUUCAACAAUUAGUACUGGACGGUCACGUUGGAUUCCUGCUGAAGUGUGGCAACGGCAGGGCAUGAGUGCACAAGAAAUGACUUUGCCUUUGGAUGUUGUGAUACCCACUAAUUCACCAGAUAGAGCUUCAAUAGUCCUCAAAGCAGGCCAGAGGGUCAUGGUGCUGAAAAGCCCCAAGGGAAUUUACAUGCAGCUGGAAAAUGGAAAGAUAAUUGCAAUCCGUACUGCUUUUAAGGUUGGUGGUGCUGGAAAAGGUGCGGCUGGCCAAGAUUACAAAUCAACGGCAGCCAUGCAGGCAGAUAAAGCUGAAAUUGAAUCAAAAAUUGCAGAUAUAAAGAAAGAGGCCAACCUGGCUGCCCAAGCAAACCGUAAUGCACAAAAGGUGAGCAACGUGCUGCCCUUGAAGAACAACUCGGCCAUCACAAUCAUCCCAAAGGGUGUCAGUCCAACUGGUGGGGUUACUGGCAUUUCUGGGGUGCGAACCUCAGCUGGUAGAAGCAAAGGCUCCUGGGGAGGGGGUGGAACGGCAGGACGGGCGCGCCCAAGAACUCAGCCUGUGGCAACAGGUGAAGCGAGGCCAUAUUUCCAGCAGAAAGCAACACCUUCUGCACCAACUGCAACAGCUAAACCAUUCUUCCGUGAUGGAUCUGGAAACCGUUCCCAACAUAACAGUGGAUCUACCUGCACUCCUGCUGUGGUAACACCGGUGCUUCGUGAAAGUGGAGAAGAACCUGCCGAAGGGAGUAGCAGUACAUCCAACAGCCCGUCACCAGCACUAGAAUUACGUGGAAUGUCUGGUCCUGAUAAUCAGGAUGGCAUAUGCCGGGAACGUGAUUUGUCAUUUGGCAAUACUGGUAAAGGAAGAGUUAGUAAUACCAAUGAAAAUGCAUCUGAAAGGAAUAGUUCUAUAUCAGAGGGAGAUUUGUGGAGAUCAAGUCAUGAUCAGCACAGUGACAGAAGAAACUUACCAAACAAUUCCAGUUCAGAUGAUGUUAGGAAAACGGCACCACAAGAUGUUAGCACAAAUGGUGCUGGCUUCCUUUCAUUUGCCACAGAUAACAAUAAACCCAAUAGUAAUCAGAUUGGAGAGCAAUCAGUACGGAAGCAAAAAGAUGAUGGCCACUGUAAUGCUGUUAGUACAAAAGCACAGAGAGAAGAGCAUGGUACACACACUGGCACUUUAGAGCACAAUGAUGAAAGAUUCCGUGCUUCCUUUCCAGCCAACUCUACCCCUCAAAUCAGCAGGCAAAGGGAGGAUUAUAAUAUGCAAAGACAGUCGCAAGACCGGGAAUUUAGUGAAGCUCUUGGAAUUCAGAAAGGUAUGACAGUUAGAACAGCAAGAGGUGAUGAUCAGUUUGAAUCAACAUUGAAUUCAAAUGAGAUUUUGGAAUUAGGAAGGCAGAGAGAAGACCUUGAUAUUCAGAAAACCAGCCAAAGCUCAGAGUGCUUUAGUGAAACUGCAGAACUUCAUAGAGCAUUUACGGAAAGAGGAAAAAAAGAUGAUAGAUUGCAAAAUGCAAUAAGUGCUUGCGAUGCUCUGCAAAUAGGUAGAAGAAAAGAAGAUCAGUAUGUGAAUAAAAGAAAUCAGGAUGGUGGAUGUUUCAGUGACUCUAUUGAACUUACGAAGUCCUUUGCAGAGAGCAUGAGAAAAGAAAGUGAAGUUUUUUCAGGCACAAUAAACACCAGUGCUAGUUCACAAGUGGGAAUGAGUUCUUUUAAAAACUAUGAAAGUACAUUUACUGCAGCACAAAGACCCAUUGAGACAAAGGAAAGAGAUACAACUUUAGAUAGCAGUAUACAAUCUGUCAUGUCUGAAACACUUGCAAAAAGCUUCCGUACAGAGCAAAUGAGAUCAUCUCUAGGCUUUCAGCCACAGUUAGAGGAACAAUCUGGUAUGUGUUCUGGACAGGAAAGAAGUAGAAGCUCUUCAUGCCAUUCAGGAGAAUCUUCUCAUAAAAAUCACAUGCAAAAUAGUCUUAUUGAAAACUUUAACGAAAUUGGAUCUCAGAGUUCCCAUUCUACAACUUACCAGAGUGAGUGCAAAUCCAAAGAAAGUGAAUGUGAUGACAGAGAACUGAAGAAAGAUAGAGUAGAAUAUGUAUGUGGGAAGCAACCACAGAGUAAGCAGUUUGCAACAAACUUCCCAAGUAGUACACAAAUUCUGGGGGAUAACAGCCCACCUAAUAAAAAAAUUAGAGUGUCAAAAUCUGUCCAGAGGAAUAUCUCUGAAUGCACAGGCAGUUACGAACCUGAAAUUCAAAUGCAGAUGAGACCUUAUGGAAACAACCAACAACAUAUGGGAACAACUACAAAUUUCUCUUCCAGUUUGCUGACUGAUAGACAGACAGGCUCCAUAAGUAUUUCAAAACAGAGAUACCAAAACAGUGAACAUUUAAGACCUGAGUACAGUGCAGCUGACUCAACAAAACCUGACAGUACUGACAGUAUCAAGUCUAGUUAUCAGCAACACCAACCUGACUCAUCAAAGUCCAAUUUUCAUAAUACGGAUUCAGCUAAAGCAAAUUACUCAGUGCCUAGUCAACUAAAAUCCAUGUAUCAUGGCACAGAACACUCUAAAUCAAAUUAUCAAAGCCAUGAGAUGAAGAAACCUGUAUUCAAGCAGUUGGCAUCACCUAAAAUGUCUUAUUCACAUGGGGAUGCAUCAAAAUCCAACUUUCAGCAAGACAUUAACAAGCAAAAUUUCCAGUCAUCAGAGCAAACUAGACAGAAUUAUAGUUCUUCAGAAACAAAAUCUACAUAUCAAACAUUAGAUGCCUCAAAAUCCUCACAGGAUGUCCAAACAUAUAAUAGUGCACCUUAUGGGCAGUAUCUCGGAAGUCAGUCAUACUAUGGAGGUCAGCAACAAGCAUCAUCAGUGAACGUCAACCAAUUUGGGGGUUCAUUUGGUGAUGACAACAGAUUUGAUCGAACUAUUCAAAAUGCUCAACAGAGCGUGAAGGAUAACACUUUACGAGACAGGCCGUCACCUGCUGGACAAAUGCAGCACAUGUCUGGACGUGCAAGUCAUACCCAGCAAACACCAGUAUCAACAAUUCGUAAAGAUCAAGAGAUUAGAGAUUCAAAACGUGACAUGAAGCAGUCACCAUCGUCUACGGUAGAUGACGCUCGCAGUCCGGGUGCUGCUAGCGGCACACGAAGCGGCAACAACAGUGCUCGUUCGACACCUGCUCCAGAAAUGACACCGUCUUAUGCUAAUGCUGGUACAACAACAACACCAAUGCCUCCUGCACAAGGUUCUGUAGUAUCGGCAGCAACUCAAAAUUUUCAACCGUACAGCGGUCACCAAAAUCCGUAUGAAGCAUAUCCGGGGACAGCAAAUUGUCGUUAUAGUGGUCCAGCAACUACUCCUGAUCCAUUUGGCUAUGCAACUACAGGAUUAAGGCCUAGUGGGCCUUCGUCAACUUACGGAGGACCGGGAACGACAUAUACUGGGUAUCCUGCCACUCGCUAUGGUGCCACAGAUUACACCAGUGCAUCUGCGUACAGUGCAUUUCACCGACCAGAGCCUCAGCGCUUUCCUACUGACAUGGGUCCAACAUUCCCAGCACCACCACCUCCACAACCACCACAGCCAUCCACAUUUGCUCUUGGCACUCAUCAGCGUGCUACAGGAUCUGACACUGCAAGUACUGCCAGUGGGUUCUACACGCAGAAUGUUUAUGGACCAACCACGUAUGGCCCACGGCCGAGCUAUCCUGGCCCGGAUCCUGCAUACUAUGGAGGACCUGCCACACCUGGUUUUGGUCCCUUUCUCAACCACCAUCUCCACCAGCAUCCAUAUGCUACGAUGCAGCCUCCUCCUACUGGCACACAAGGCCCAGGAACGGGCUCAACACACUGAAAUUCGACUGCAGUGAAGUUAAAAAUGUCAAACCUGGAGCUGAUUGAUUGGGAUAUGGUGGAUUACACAGUGAUGUAGAGUGUGGGACUUUGGAAAUUUGUUGAGUAUAGUGUGUAUAACAAAAAACGUUAGUGAUGGCAUCAAACAUUGCUGCUAAGAAUCGUGUAAUUUUCUAUUUUUCAUCCCCAUUAUCAUUUGAUAGCUAAAAUCCUCUCUGAAGGAAUGAAGCAAACCCCACCGAAAUAUGUGAAAUAAUUUCUAUUUGAUGUUCACCAGAUUUUAUGUUAUUUGGUCUUUCUUCACUAUCUGAUGAUACCUGUUAGUAGAAGCAAAGCAAGUAAAUAAAAAUGGUAUAGACUGAGAGCAGCUAACAGUUCAGCAAAAUCUUGUGGUUGGUGCAUGAUUGUGACUGCAAAAAACUGUGAAAUAGUACAAACAUUUUAGUGAAUCUUUUGUACAAAUUAUUAUUAUAAGAGCAAAUGUGAAAAAAAAUAAUGUCCUGACAGUGGGUACCGAACACUUUGAAUAGCUUGCAAGUUAAAAAGAGAAAGCUGUAUUGUAUUGUAUAAAUGUGUAAUAUUUUAUGUAAUUAUGAGAGAUGAUUCAUGCUGGACAGGUCUUUGGAAAAGCUGUAAAUGUAAUCUCUUAGUAAACAAAGACAUUUCAAGGUGGCAACUGGUAUGCGAAUUAUCACAGAUACGAAGUGUGUGAGUGACUCUUUAUGACUAAUGUUAAUGCUAUCUUUUCGCCAGAACUCAUUGCUUCAUUUAGCUUUCAGAACUACUUAGGCAACAAGUUGACAAAUUCUUGCUCUUCAAGCAGAUACACAAAACUAAAAUUCUGUGCAAUUUAUAUGAUGGUAAGAUGAAUAUUGGUAAAACGUUUGGAAUGUAUUAAUACAACAAAUGAAAAAAUAUUUGUAAUUAAAGACAACCAGAGAUUUGUAGUAGGGGUGCUCAUACUUCAGAAAACAUUGUUUCUGAAUAAACAAAAUAUCUGUGUUACCAGACUCAUCGAAGUCUGGUCUGUAAUAUACAAAAUACCUGUAUUACCAGUCUCAUCAAAAUCUGGGCUGUAAACCUGAUCUAAAAAUGAUGGUUAAUUCCUGAUUGAUCUGGCUCAUUUGUUGUGGGAAGUGUGAAAUUUUCAAAUUAACCUAUUUAUUAAUUUGCUGCACUUAUUGCUCUUGAAAUCCUAAAUUUAUACAAUAUGUGUCCAUUUUGGAUGAAAGUGUUCACAAAAUCAGUCGUAAUGACAGUUCUUCUACAGAUACAUUCAGAUAGCCCAGAUCUAGCAAAAUAUGCUGCGUCAACUGUGGUGUUAUGAACGAACAUUUAGUCAAUUGGAUCUUAUAAGUGUGGUGUAUUUAUUUAAACCUCCACUGCUGAAUGUUAUUUAAAUUAAGGAAAUGUAUAUACAAAAACAAAACAAAAUACUUCAGUACAGUUAUGUAUAAAUCAGUAUAGAAAUAAAAAGUGUGUGGCAUAGCAUAUUAGCACUGCUCGAUUGUGAUUACUCCCCCUUCUCUUUUUCUCUCUACAUUCAGUACACUACAAAAUUUGUUGAAAGAACACUUUCCCUUUUUACUGUUAUUUUUAAUGUGUAAUUGACUGUGAUUUACAAAAUAGUGUAGAAAUUGGACACUGGCUUAUGAUUUGGCUAUGCACAUCAUUUACAGCAGGAAUCUGGUGAAGAAUUUUGUGCAGUGAUUUAUCAACAUUGUAUCAGUACAGUCAGGCUACUAGAAACAAUACCAUCUAGAGCAUUAAAACGAAUCUGAAAUAAAGAAUGCAAUGAUUACUGACAGCUAAGCCCAGAUGUCCCAUGUUGUUGUUUCCCUUUUUCUGCUUUGUCUUUGCUUCCUAAAAUAAUAAUUAUGUGUCAUUAUGUUUGUUAAUACUUGUCACUGCUUCCAAAUCUUUCACACAACCUUCAUUUUUUGUGCUCCAAAUUUGGUUACUCUGAUAUCUUAAUUUUUCAUCACCACUACCAUCAUGAAUAUUGUAAUCUUUAUUAUAUACACUUAUAUUUUUAUUCUACUCAUUUCUUAAUUAUCUUUUCCUCCACUUCAUUACAUCUCACUGCUCAUAUCUCAUCAGCAAGUUCACAGUUAUUCAAUCUGAUAUUGUAUUAUCAGUGUUCCUUUCAUUUUACUCCUUUCCUCUGCUACAUCUCCUGAGCUUUUCUUCUUUAUCUGUAUUUCUCAGUUACCUGCCACCACUUUCUUACCUUCAGACAACGCUUAACCUGCAUCUGUGGAAGUGGGACACUUUGGCUCUGAAAGCACGUAGUUGAGUGAGUAUUUAAAAGUGUAUCAGUCAGCCAGGACCUUUGGAUUGUAUUUCAUAUGUACAGCUAUUUUGACAUGCUGUUGUUGUUAGUAUUUUUAGACCUUCAUACUUUACAUUCUUGUUCAUAUUGUAUUAAUAUGCUGCCAGUUUUGUUGCAGUUUGAAUUGAUGUGGCAUAUUUCCAUUUGGAUAUCAGUUCACAGUUUAUAUCUUGUUACUGAAGAACAUCUUUCUACCUUUUACAAAAGAUCAUUACAUAUAAAAGCAGUGGAGGGUGUAAUGCAGAACAGAAUGAAUAGCUGAAAACUAGAAAUUUUGUAAAACUAUUUGAUGUCACAAAGGAGUAGGCAAUUCUCUAGAAAUUUUCUGUGGUGCAAAUAUUAUGUUAAUUAUACAUUUAAGGUGUUUGUAAAUUCAUUUGUGAAUAAAAGCUACAAGGCAUAGAGAUUCUGGUUAUAGAUUACUGUACUAAAUGGAAGAUGUUUGUUGUAAAAAUUCUCAUGUCCAGUUAAACAAUACCAUGGCAGAUAUAAAUGUAACUGAAAAGUGCAAGAGUCUAAGUAUGCAAGAGUCUAAGUAUGGAAGGAAUAUGUUUAAGUAUUAUUAGAUAUCUAAGUGCAUUUAAUGGACAUUUACUGAAAUAGUAUUUAAAUUUUUUACCCUAUUUGUUAUGCCCAUAUGUGUAUGGACAGUGUGUGUGUGUUUGUUUUGUUUUGUGUGUGUGUGUGUGUGCGUGUGUGUGUGUGUGUGUGUGAGAGAGAGGGAGGGAGAGAGAGAGAGAGAGAGAGAGAGAGAGAGAGAGAGAGAGAGAGAGAGAGAGAGAAUGUGGCUGAAGGUAAAUUAUGAAAACUAUCCUGUGUUCUUAGACUAUAGAUUACAGUCAUAUCAUGGAAAACAGAGGAUUUAUUGGAUUGAUAUGAAAUACUGUAGCAUCUAUUGCUUCACUGGGAAGAUAUUUUAAGACAAGAAAUGUUUAUAUAUGAUAUUACAUUGAUAAAAUGCCAAAGACGAGAACAGUCAUGCAAUAUAAGCUACCUUUUCCUUUUUUCUGCAGUAUGUCCCUCCUAAGAGCUGUGUGGUGCCAUUUUCCUUAUUUGCAGUUUAAUUUCUGUUAUGUCUAAGUUUGUUCACCCAGAAACAUCCAUUUUGACAGAAAAUGUGAGUUAGUUUAUCAUUAUACACAAAGAGUUGUCCAGAUUGAUAGCAGAUUUGCUGUAUCACUAGAGCAACCUUGGAUUAAUGUUGUACAAUGUUAACUAUAAAGGUAUUUAUUGGUAGUGAUCACAAAACAAGGAGAAUCAUUUGUGUUUCCAGCAGCAACUGCGUAAGACAGCUGUGCUGCACCAUGCUGAGUUUGCAGUCCCCUUACGCCACUGAGCUGUGCCAUGGUGUCAGCAGCUGAAUUCUUGUGAUGCUGCAGAAGCUUAUUGUUCUUCUGUUUUGUUGACUUCCAUCAUAUAUUCGUUAACUGAAUAUAGCUCCAGACCAAUUUGAGGUUAAUGUAUAAUUUGGACACUUAAUGGUGUAGUACAGACGACAAUUGUUAUAAAGGAAACCGAAAUCAAAUUUUGCGUUACCACUUGCAUCACAUGAAAUACCUGAUUAACAAGUUUUGUUUGGGCUGUUCCACUUACACCACAAAACAAUUUGAAAAUACGUUCAGAAAUGACAGAGUGGAGUGUGCUGACAAUUUUCGUUAGGGACAUGCAGCAUAAAGCUGUCAGAGUCUUGAUUAGUUCCUUGCAUGACACACCAAGAUGUGUUUUAUUCUGAGAUUUUUGUGCAAGUUGUGUGUUUAAAAUAAGUGUUCUGUGUUUUAUUACUUUAUUUUCAUUGAACUGUUGAUUAUAAACAAAAGUACUUGAUUACCAUUGAUAACUAAAUAUGUCAGCACAUUUGAAGCACUCUCCUUCUGCAUUACUGCACUGUCGAUGUAUGUGGAUGCACUGAGGAACUCAUAUAAAAUGAUAGAACCUUCUUUGACAAGCAAAAGGUUUCCUGCUCACUUGCAGUUUCACACACUGUUGCCCACUUAUGUGAUGAUGAUUGAGAGAUCUUAAUCCUUGCUUCACUUAAACACUUCAUGUUGGUUUUGUGGAUGUAAUGUAACACAUAUUGAAGCUGACCAACACACUCAGUGAAGUAAGAAUCAUACAAGUUUCACUGCAAAUUUCUUAAAAUUUAAAUAUGAAAGACUAAUAUAUGACUUUAUGCUGCAAGAUCCAGACCUCGAUCGUUUCCUGUGUUGUCAGCGCUGUUUUCUUCUAUUAGUUCUCACUGGGUGAAAUAGCCCCUUUGUAUGCAAAAUGCAUAACACAUAUAUGAACAAAAGCUGCCCUUUGUCACACAGUGACCAUUCUCCUUUCCUCCUUUGUGAAUGCCAAAUCCAUGUUCUACAUGGGUACACAUUUUAUUCAAAGCUUUCGUUGCUAAAAUUGUGUUCAAAGCAAAAUGUUGUAGGUUUAUUGCUUCUUAUUGCUGUUUAUUCUUAAUUAUUUCCCAGGACACGCUCAAGAUCUCUUCAAAUGCUGGGUAGUGUUAGUGCAGUGGAACUUAUUACAUUUUUUGAGACAAAGGUCUCCACGGCAGUAAAACAGCAUCCUGAACUAUGUGACAAACUGCAGACAGUAACCAAAGAUACACAGAACAAAAGAAAUUACAACCUUAACAAUAGCUGUGAUUCCUGCUUAGGAUUAUCAGUUUACAAGACGAAAUAAAAUUGGUAUUGUUUUUAAUAAUCAGUUUAUUUUAGUUUAUUAAUGUGAAAAAUGCCAUUCAGUCAAGAUAUGAGGAAAAGUUAAUGUUUCAUAGUUUGCAGAUAAUGCCACAGGAGAAAUUAGUAUUCAUUGGCUGGGUUGAAUUUGAAAACAUUUGAUCUAUAUGCGGUUUGCUCUCUUCUUUGGCACAGGAUUAAUGAUAUUUGACUAUACAUUCAAGGCACGUUAGUUAAUUGUUGAAUGAAUUCUGUUUGUAUUUCCAUCCCAGAUUUGUUUGUUACUUUGCAAAAUGAUUUAUGAAUCAAAAUAUAGUUAACACACUAUUUUCUCAUUUAAUGAAUCAGCUGUAUAAUGUUGUUACUGAAUGUUGUAUAUCAUCUGACAGUUGGUAGCAUACUGUGUGGACUUCAUUUCACUGCUCUCUGAAAAGGACUUUGUUAAGCUAUGUAUAAGCACUUCGACUGCUUCUCUUUUUGUGAAGAUUCAUAAUUUGAUGUUCAUUUGAGCUGUAUAACUGUAAUAUAUAUUCCACUGGACUUUCAUAAUUUACAAACCUGUGUGUUCACAUGAUGAUAGAAUGAAAUUUUAAUUGUUUAAGUAUUUGUUUGUGAAGAUAAUUCCAUUAAUUACUCCUAAAAUGUAUAUAAUGUAGGUAGCUCACUGUAAUCUUUGUUUAGUCAUAGAAAAACCUGAAAUAUAGCUAUCUGCACUUA